AGCAGAUGAUGUUCAGUGUUACUCGUCACCAUAAUGGCUUCUCUGCUGUAUUUCCACACUUGUUCGGUUGACUGAGGUGAUUAAAAACAGUGUGAAAGUAACUCUUGUGCGGUGUAGAUGCGUUUUGGACUUCCUGUAGUUUUUAUUCCGAUUGUAUUAUACACCUCUGUACAAGUCACUCGCACUGGUGUGAAUAAAUAUUUAUUCACAUUCGCACAAAGCACUUCAGUCGCAGAUGCGAGUGAAAUGGUUGCACUGUAGAGCCCUGAGUUUAUCUGCAAAGUUUUUUCCCGUUCGGCGUGAUGUUUAAUGUCCCCACAACCUCUGUAGUGCCAUUUAGCAUCGUGCUAGUUAGCGUCAUGAUUUCCCCUUGCGCAAGCGCUAGAGCUCGCAGAGAAACCGGAAGCUUGAGUGCUAAAAUGCUAACCCCUUUUCUGGGUGUUGGCACUACAAAAUGACGUCAGCCCUGUGCCGCUCUGUGAUUGGCUGUAAGUGUAGGACGCGCUGGAUUUGAGUGGAGAAAACAGCGGAGUUUUCUUUGAGCGGAGGAUGAACUUUAAACAUCGAUAUCGCAGUUGAUCAUGUUCAUGUAAUCGUGGGCAGUCAAAAUCGUAAUCGUGAUCGAUAUCCGAUUAAUUGUGCAGCCCUAUGUGCUAUCUGUCGUUAGAUUUUUUUCUUUUGUUUUUUGUAUUACUUGGUGUCUUGUUUAUGUCCAGCACUGUAUGUGUAAGUGUGCACUGUGGGAUCGCUAUAAACCAGCAACAAAUUCCUUGUAUACUCAAGCAUACUUGGCCAGUAACGCUUAUUCUGAUUCUGAAAGCUCAGGUUUGGUUAGGCCGUGGAAAAAAGAAGACAUUUGGGCAGCUCUGAAAACCUUCUGUCAAUCUGUUUGUCUCCUCAGGAGGGGGAGACGAGACAUUACACAAGCUCAGCUAAGUGAGUGUGGGGGAGUGUUGACCGUGUUGAUAUUGUUGAACAAUGGAAUUAGCAGUUUUAGAAACUCCUUAACCCAUGGUAUUGAUGCAUCUCUAACGAUAAUAAUACAUAGAAAAAUUAAACAGUUCUUCAUGGGGCAUUGGGAUAAUGUCACUUAUUAUUGACUUCCAUCUUUUCCUCCCUAGAGACACAGCAGAACAUGGUGUCCACAAGAGCCUCCAGUAGGAGGAAGAGAUUUACGAACCAGAGCAGUUUCCAAAGACACCAGCGCGUUCACACUGGAGAAAAACCGUAUCAGUGCUCACAGUGUGGAAAGAGUUUCAAGCAGAAAGCUCAUCUCCAAAGUCACCAGCGCAUUCACACAGGAGAAAAACCGUAUCAGUGCUCACAGUGUGGAAAGAGUUUCAAGCAGAAAGCUCAUCUCCAAAGUCACCAGCGCAUUCACACAGGAGAAAAGCCAUUUAUCUGUGUACAGUGUGGGGCGAAAUUUACUCAGAAGGCUACUCUCAAAACACACCAGCGCAUCCAUACAGGAGAAAAACCAUAUCAGUGUUCACAGUGUGGAAAGAGUUUUGCUGAUUCGGGUACUUUCCGAAAACACCAACGCAUUCACACAGGAGUGAAGCCGUAUUACUGCUCACACUGUGGAAGGAGUUUUAAUCGAGACAGUACUCUCCGACAACACCAGUACAUUCACACAGGAGAAAAGCCAUAUCAGUGUUCACAGUGUGGAAAGAGUUUUGCUGACUCGAGUACUUUCCGAAAACACCAGCGCAUUCACACAGGAGUGAAGCCGUAUUACUGCUCACACUGUGGAAAGAGUUUUAAUCAAGAUAGUACUCUCCGACGACACCAGCGCGUUCACACAGGAGAGAAACCAUUUAUCUGUGUACAGUGUGGGGCGAAAUUUUCUCAUAAGGCUACUCUCAAAACACACCAACGCAUUCACACAGGAGAAAAACCAUAUCAGUGUUCACAGUGUGGAAAGAGUUUUGCUGACUCGAGUACUUUCCGACAACACCAGCGCAUUCACACAGGAGAGACACCAUUUAUCUGUAUAGAGUGUGGGGCAAAAUAUACUAACAAGUGUUCUCUCAAAAGACAUGAACGCAUCCAUGCAGGAGAGAAGCCGUAACACUGCUCCAUGAAGACAUACUGUGUUAAGGUUGGUCUGGAAGGUCUGGAGAGUCCUACACAAAGCCUUAACCUCAAGCCCACUGAACACCUUUGGGAUGAACUGGAAUGCCUAAUGCAUGCCAGGCCUCCUCGCCCAACAACCAACCUCUGCUGCCCUUGUGGCUGAAUGGGUGCAAAUCCCCACAGCCACACUCCAGUGUCUAGUGGACACUUCCCAAAUCUAGUGGGAAGCCUUUCUAGUAGGGGCUAUAUAUAACAGCAGGGGGACACACUCCUCAUUAUUUCCCAUGGAUUUGCAAUGGGAUGUUCAACAAGCACAUAUGGGAGUGA